UUUUUUUUUUUUUCUAUUUCUUUUUUUACUUUUUAAACAUUUUAUCUAUUACUCUAUUAUAACAAUGGCUGCCUCAACCGCUACUGCCUCUGCUCCCAAGAAGACUGCUUCCAAGAAAGCUGAUCAUCCUACUUAUGAAGUUAUGAUUGCUGAUGCCAUCGCUGCUUUGAAAGAAAGAAGAGGUUCUUCUAGACCUGCUGUCAAGAAGUACAUCUUGGCCAACUUUAAGGUGAAUCCUGGUGCUCACUUUGACUCUCAAAUUGCUGCUGCUAUCAAGCGUGGUCAAACAAAGGGUAUCUUUACUCUUCCUAAAGGUCUUUCUGGUACCAUUAAAUUGAACAAGGCCAAGAAGGAUACUGAAAAGAAGCCUGCUGCUACCAAGAAGACGGCCGCUGCCAAGAAGGCUGCUGCUACCAAGAAGGCUACCUCUGAAAAGAAGACAGCUGCUGUCAAGAAGGCGGCUGCUGCCUCUCCUGCAAAUAAGAAAUCUACUACCGAGAAAAAGACCACGACGACUGCCAAGGCUCCUGCCAAGAAGACUGCAGCUGCUGCUAAGAAGACCACGACGGCCAAGAAGCCUGCUACUAAGAAAUCCACGACUGAAAAGGCUGGUGUUAAGGCUCCUGCUAAGAAGGCUGCUGCCACAAAGAAGGCCGCGGCUGCUCCCAAGAAGGCUGCUGCUACUAAGAAGGCUACCACUACCAAGAGAGCCGCUGCCUCCAAGGCUUAAAUCAUCUUUUAUUUUAUUUUUUCUUAAGCAAGAUCCCUUUUUUAAUUCCUUUCAUUGGUUUUCUCCCUCAUUUACCCUUUUUUCUUUUUUUCGUCGUCUUCUUUCUUUACCCCCCUUCCUUCUUCUUUAUUUCUGUAGUAUAACGAAGGGGCUUUCAUUUUUUUUCUCUUAAUUGUACAGUUCAUCAUUGUUUUUAAUUCUAACUUUCUUUUUUCAAACAGCCCAAAAAAACAUGAUUUCUUUCUAUAUCCUUACGAUUAUUGAUGAUUGAAAAAAAAAAAUUUUUUUUUUAUCAAUAAAUCGUUUUGACACAUUUGUUAUAUCCUCGAAUGAGAAGAAAAAAAAAAAAAAAACUGCGCGCACACUUUUUGACGCGCUUCCCUUCCAUC